UCAAUCCAGCCUAAUCGUCCGGCAACCCGAAAAUCAGCGUUUCAAUGAUUGCUUCCGACUAAGUGAAGGAUUGCAACCGCCCCGGCUCUUAUUCAUUCAGAAGGUGGUGGUAUCUGCACGCUCCCGGAUCUCAGGCGAAUGAAGCGACCGGACGGGCGCCAGAGGCCAUUUGACCCGAUUCCAUAAUAUCUCCGACGAUUCUUUUGCUCUCGUUCUCCUGCGGUCCGAGCUUAAGAGGCUACCGGAUUAAAGACGAUUAUAUUUUAGAUGUGGAUUACGCUAUUUAUAAUGCGCAGGACCCUAAGCUAAUCGGCUCAGAGGCUUCGCAACCUACUCCUAGCCAUCAUGAAGGUCCUACUCACCGGCGCUUCGGGCAUUAUUGGUAGUGUCAUCCUCAAGCAGUGCCUCCAGCGUCCCGAAAUCACAUCCGUCAUCACGCUCACGCGGAGGCCUCUACCUUCGACGAGUCCAAAAUGCGAGAACAUCGUCGUGCGAGACUUCAAGCACUGGGAUUCUGGCCUUCUAGACGAUAUUGCAGACGCAGAUGCCAUGAUAUGGGCGAUGGGAACAUCUGGUGGAAACGAGGAACCCAAUCUCAAUUACCCACUCGCAUUCCAACAGGCCUUCCUCCCAACGCAAAAGAGCCCCGGGAAACGGUUCCGAUUCAUACAACUCUGGCGCACUCGUCGAGCGCGAUCAGAACCGCAGUCUUUAGUUCCUCAACAACGCGCGGAAGAUCAAGGGCCUUGCGGAAACCAAGUGUGUGGAGUUUGCGGGACAGCAUAAGGAUGUUUGGCGGGCCUGGGUUAUUCGGCCUGGUGGAGUGAUGGCGGGGAAUGCGUAUAAAAUGGCGUUGGAGGCGAUGAUCUUCCCUACGGCCUGGGUUAUAAGAGAUGACGAAUUAGCCGCUUUCGCUGUGUGCGGGGGGAUGAGCCGGGGCCAUUUGUGCUGAAUGGGAGGAUGGCUGUUAGGGGCAGGGCGUUGCUGCAGGAGCGGAAGUGAUUCUUGGCGUCUGCUUUCCUUCAUGUGCAUUCGGCGAAUCACGUCCACAUAUUACGGGUCGGAACGUUUAGGCGAAAUUUGGCGAUGCUUAUGAGACUGCGGUUUAUUUCUCUCAUGAUCCAGGCACAACGCAUUUACUCUAUCAGCUCGGCUUUCUUUGCGUCCCGUUGUCAUGCGAGAACCGCUUCCU